AUCUUCAUUACAAAAUAUCAAUGUCUCCCGCAACAUUAACCCUUUUCUUGCUCCUCCUCGCAUCUCUCUACUCAUUUUUUCACAUACUACGCGCCGUCCACCGCAAAUGUGACCGGAAACUUCCACCUGGCCCCCGAGCCUUGCCAAUUAUCGGCAACCUACACAUGCUUGGCAACCUCCCACACCAAACCCUUUAUCAAUUAGCCAAAAAAUAUGGCCCCAUAAUGUCAUUAAGGCUAGGUAACUUACCCACUGUGGUAUUAUCCUCCCCCAGCGCAGCUGAGCUAUUCUUAAAAACCCAUGAUCUCAUUUUUGCCAGCAGACCCAAACUCCAAGCCAUAGAAUACAUGGCAUACAAUAGCAAGGGCAUGAUUUUUGCAGAAUAUGGUUCAUACUGGAGAGACAUCAAGAAGCUGGUUACUCUAGAGCUGCUUAGCCCGUCGAAAAUCGAAUUCUUUGGGCCAAUAAGGAGGGCGGAGCUGGGGUGUUUGGUGGAGUCACUGAGGAGAGCGGCGGCAGCCGGUGAGGUGGUCGACCUUAGUGACAAGGUGCGUGAACUUGCUGAGAACAUGGUCUAUAAGAUGAUUUUGGGGCGAAGUAAAGAUGAGAGAUUUAAGUUGAAGGAAUCUGUUGCAGAGGGGUUGAACUUAAGUGGAGGAUUCAACAUAGCAGAUUAUGUGCCAUGGCUUGGUGCUCUUGACCUCCAGAGAUUGAUCCCACGCUUUAAGGCAGUGAGCAAGCAUAUUGACACAAUUCUAGAGACAAUUAUCAACGAGCAUGAACAAGAUUUUGGGCAAAGACAGCAGAAGGAUUUUGUUGAUAUUUUGCUUUUGCGAAUGAAUCAACAUAUGAGUUCCCAUGACAACAGUCAAGAACUCAAGUUAGAUCGAACAAAGUUAAAGGCUGUAAUACUAGACAUGAUCGCUGCUGCAUUCGACACUUCUUCAACAACGAUAGAGUGGGCGCUGUCAGAGCUUCAAAGGCAUCCACAAGUGAAAUUAAAGCUUCAAAAGGAGUUAGAAGAGGUUGUUGGAAUGGACAAAAUAGUAGAGGAGACAGACUUGGGGAAAUUAAAUUACCUUGAUUUGGUCGUUAAGGAGACAUUUAGGUUGCAUCCUGCCGUGCCAUUACUACUUCCCCAUGAGUCCACAGAAGACAUUACCGUAAAUGGUUAUGACAUACCAAAGAAGUCAAGAAUCUUAGUUAACGCUUGGGCAAUUGGAAGAGAUCCAGUGGCUUGGUCGGAGAAUGCACAGGAGUUCUUUCCAGAAAGGUUCAUUGGACGCGAUAUGGAUGUCCGAGGACAUGAUUUUCAGCUCAUACCAUUUGGAUCAGGUCGGAGAGGUUGCCCGGGUUUGCAGUUAGGGGUAUUAACCGUUAAAUAUGUUUUAGCUCAGCUGGUGCAUUGCUUUGACUUGGAAUUGGCAGAUGGUAUGUUUCCUUCAGGAUUGGACAUGACUGAGAAAUUUGGGCUCACACUGCCCAGAGCAAAUCACUUACUUGUGAAGCCAACCUACCGUUUGGUUAAUAUGUAAAAGGAAUAUAUUUGGUUAUAUGUUCUUUAACUAAGUAAGUUAAAUUCUCAAUUUCAUCUCUUAAUUUUUAUUUUUAAAUCAAUUCAUUGUUAAACC